AUGGAUCCUACCACAAACGAAGCAGUUGUCUCAGAGGCAUCUGCUCCGGCCACCGGAAGAGGCCCCAGAAGACCUGCGUUCCAAAACUCACUGGAAAAGACCAAGAGGUUCUAUGAAGAUCUCGAAACUGAUCCUUCCAAGACGCCCAAAAGGCAACGUACCCAACCCCGGCCCGCUACCAAGGUCGGAUCCAUUCGCAAGAAAACAUCCCGUAAGCGCAACGCAGGCCUUAACGGCACUCCUAGGACCCCACUCGCAAUUGAGGACACGGGGUCCCUCUCAGUAGAUCUAUCCCUUCCCAUGACCCCUUCCACUACCUCCACAGAGGGUUCGGAUGACCACGAGGCGACACAGACGGGUACGUCUUCAGCCGAACAUGGCCACGAGGUGGUCCAGAUAGAUACACCCUCAACCGGACACGACGACGAAGUGACACGGCCGGGUACGUCCUCAGCCGAACAUGACCACGAGGUGGCCCAGACAGAUACGCCCUUGCCCGAACAUGACGAUGGAACGGCCCAGACGGAUAUUCCCUCAGCGGACGAGGCGCUGGACAAGUGUAUCAAGUCCACUCGCGUUAAGGCCUCCAACACUGGUGACGGCUCUGUCGAGAGGAGCGGCCUGCCUUCAAUAGGCCAGCCUCUUAUCUGGGCCGAAAAACGCGGCGGUUUGUGCGAAGCGUUGGAUUAUUAUAAGUCCUACAAAAGCGGCCUUUACACCAGAAAGGCCGUAGGCGCUCUGGGGUUUUUGAUGGACUCGGAAGUUGAGCCACGGGAUGUGUUUGGUACACAGGUCAUCAUCUCUUCAAUGGGCGGUGGCCGUCGUAAAAGUCCUAACGGGGAAGGAAUGAUUCGGGAUCAGGACGCCUCGGACGACAAAGGCGGCAUUAAUGCCAUCAGAAAGACUCACCAGGAGAAGGGCUUGGUUGCAGUAAUUGCCGGCGAGAGUCAUUCUUUAUACCCUUGCAAGCCUCCGCACGCUUACUGUGUGCUCGCGUACUUCCACAUCACCGAUGUGUGGAAGGAAAAGCAGGUUACAAAAUCCGGCAAGAUCGUUGCAGUCUGGCGCAUUCGUUUCGAGAAGGCCGAUCUGGAUGAACCAUCCUGGUGGCGCCCCAUGCAGGAUGGCGUCGCAGAGCCCGAGGCGUAUGAUUUGCUCACAAAGACUCCCGUGUCAACCUGCAACGCAUGCAAUGCCCCCAGCAAGGAGAUCUUUACUUCCGGCUGGGCUUGUCUCAAUAACAAAUGCGAACAGUAUUUUAUCUUUCCCGAGGGACCCGUUGAGGAUAUCAAUAGUCUGGCCUACACCAGCGUGUUCCUCAAUGAGAGAACUCCCUUUGUGGGCCGGAUUCCCUCCCUCUUUCCGGAACCGCUCGACCUCACCAACCUUCAUGGAACAGAGGGGACGUGCCGAAAUGGAUUUGUCUGCCGUGAAUGCGGCUGUGCCUGUCGUCGGCUUUACUGGAACCGUUUGAAGUGCGAAAACACAAGCUGCACAUACGAGGAAGAGGCAGUGAUGCGCCCAUACCCAGGGCACAUGCUCCGAAACGAAAACCGCCGUUUUGACGCCAGCCUCAGAAGGUCAAACCAAAAGAUCUCCUUUGAUAUGAAGGUGGAUGUUACGACUCUUGAAGCGUCCGACUUCCCACGUGAAUUAGCAGCGCCACAGACCCCUUUUCAACUCGGCCAAACCUUGCGCUUGGGUGAUUUCGAGGUUUCGCAGUACUAUCUCCCCGGCCCCGACGGCCGUAUCAUCGGGUCAUUUUCAAUUUUCUCCGCCAAUGACGCGAUCAACAGCAGGGUAGACGGGCCGGACGAUCUCUUUAGAAGGCUCGAGCUACUUGACUUGGGCCUCUGUAGAAAUCCAAGUGCCAUAGCAGGGCAUAAGCUCGAGGGGCUUACCCGUCAUUUCCAGCAGAACUUCGGUGCAAGAUAUAAAUUCGGCGUCCAAGUUCAGUCUCGUGGAUUUUCAGGGGCACCAGAUGAGAUCCUCCGUGCUCUACAUCGUUUGAUCUGGGCAAAGAAAGCUGCCAUCGAGCAAUCCAAUGCAUUCAUUAGUUCAUUGGAUCCACAAUUGGUCGGUGAUAAUGCUGUUAUUCCCAUCGAGGAUGAUUUCGAUUUCAAUGAGCUGCUCGCGCUCGGUUACAUGGAGAAUGACAGCAUCAGCUAUCACGACGAUGGCGAAAAGGAACUCGGACCCGCCGUGGCUGCACUCUCUUUAGGCUCUCCAUCCUCAAUGAAUUUCCGGCCUAAGAACAUUGCGAAGUACAACCACCGAACACGGCAAUACAGGCGUAAGGUGUGCUACACAGAUGUUCUUUCUGUCCCUAUGAAGCAUGGUGACAUGAUGGUCAUGGCUGGAAGGGACAUCCAAGCUGCGUAUGAGCACGCCGUCGUCCCCAAGGGCAAUCGCCGCUUCUCACUUACCGCUCGAUAUAUUGACCCGAUGCGCAUUGCGGACCUGGAUGAUCGGGCCGACGCUUACUCCAAAGGAGCUAUCCCGGAGCAUGCACAAAGCUUCGCCUACGACGGCUUUUGA